UUGUACAGUUGUACGAUUCAAAAUGGCGUCCGAGGGUCGGUCCAAACUUCACGACGAUCUUCAAGAGGCACUUCGUCGUAGAGAUAUACGAUAUGAUUCUCUUUUAAACAAAAGGGCAAGAGAAGAGGGAGAAAAGAUACUCAGGGAAAAUGACCCAGGAUCGAAAUCUCGAAUAAACCCUCAUUCUGUGUUUUGGAUGGUAGCUGCAAUGGCUGUGUUCUAUUACACAGACUUUUAUGUCGCUGUGAGGUUCGAUCCACCAAUACAUAGACUAUGGUGGUACAUUGGAGGUGCGCUCAUAGGAUUCAACUUGUGUUUUGGUUGUUACUGUGUCUUAUGGCUGAGCUACUAUAAAAAGAUCACAGAUUGGGAGAAGCAUUCUCCUUACAUCAUCCCCAUUGCCACUGCAUCUUUUAUUGUUGGAAUGAUUUG